AUGACUGUAGUUGACGAGGACUGCCGGAGUGAUGCUCGCUCCUAUGCGCAGAGGAAAACAUACGCUUGCAACUAUCUGAAAGAUCAAGCUAGACAGCUGAAGACUGAUCACAGCCCCACGCCUCAGACACGAGCAGGAGUGCUCAGACUUGUUUUGCUUUUUUUUGUGUCUGCAGCUCAUGGCCUUGGAUUCUGGACGGACAGGUCAGCGGUGCACGAGGCCGCCGCGCAGGGCCGAGCCCUGCAGCUGCAGCAGCUAAUUGAGGCGGGCGCUGCCGUGAACAUCGUUGCAGUGGACUCCAUCACCCCGCUGCACGAGGCCUGCAUACAGGGUCAGACCCAGUGCGUCAGGCUGCUGCUGGCCGCCGGUGCACAGGUGGACGCUCGGAACAUCGAUGGAAGCACCCCGCUGUGUGAUGCCUGCGCAGCCGGGAGCUUGGAUUGCGUCAAGCUGCUGUUGGAGUAUGGAGCGACUGUCAAUCCUCCACUCUUCACCUUCUCUCCUCUUCACGAGGCGUGCAUGGGAGGUAACUCAGACUGCGUUCAGCUGAUGAUCGAUCGAGGCGCCUUCAUGGAGGCUCACGACUGUCACUAUGGAACGCCGCUUCACGUAGCGUGUGCCAGGCAACACUUCGACUGCGCCAAAGUCCUGCUCAUUGCAGGAGCAAACGUGAACGCUUCCAAGCUCCACGAGACGGCCCUCCACCACGCCGCUAAAACCAACAACACCGAUCUGAUAGAGCUGCUUGUGGAGUUCGGUGGGAGCGUUUUCGCUCGAGACAACCUGAACAAGAAGCCAAUCCACUACACCAGCGUGGGCUCUCCCUCCUACCUCUGCCUGGAGUUCUACGAAAAUACUCCCCUGAGCCUGCAGCAGCUCAGCAGAGUGGCUUUGAGGAGGACUCUCGGCGCAAGAGCGCGCAAAGUCAUUUCGGAGCUGCUCUUGCCCAAGAGCAUCAGAAGUUUCCUCUCGCACAUGAAGCCUCUUGUCGUUGAAAUAUGACCACAUUUGACAGACUCAAGCAUAAAUCUGCGGCGUUUCGUGAGCUUCUGAUGGGGUUUUCUCAGAAUGCAAUGUGGCAGGCUGUUGAGGGUGCAAAAAAAAAAUAAAAUCUGGACUGUGAAACUAGCCAGAUGUUUUAAAAACAGGCAGGCUGGUUGAAUCUAGAGGCUAAACACUCAAUUACCUUGUCUAAUAAACAAGUACAUCUCCUUAUUAAAGCAGUAUGAAACAAAGGUUUCCAUUGUGUUGGCCAGUUCAGCUCUUUUCUUCAGAAAUAUGUAUGAAAUUACAGAAGUUCGUUCGCUUGUUACUACAGGCCACCGUCCUUCCAGUGUUAGCGCUGUUGCCGUCACCUGGAAUCUGGUUUUUCAUGUUUCUUGGAACUGCUUUCCGCCGAAACGAUUAGUUUGAAUCACAGCGGCAUGGACUUUGGAGCACCGCUACUCAUUUAGGUGGGGUGAAAUCUGUCUGCUUCUCUGGUAAAUCAGAAAUAUAUUAUCUUGGGGAUCGUAGCGCACUGUGCUGACUUCUAAGAAACUCUAUAGAGUCUUAUGUAGAGGCAAACAUUGUUUGUAUUCCACUUUGUUUAACAUAUAUUCCAGUCCCCAAACAACAAAAAGACGACAAUACAGUGGAAUACAUAUGUAGCUUUUUUUUUUUUUAAAUUUAUUUAUUUCUGGAAAUUUUAUUAAAGUCUUUAAUGAUAAACUGACUCUAAACAAAUGUAUUGUUCCGUUAUUAGCACUGUACAAUUGUGUGCACUUGUAUAUAUUCUGUAACUAUAUUUAUUUUUGAUGUAAAUAUGUAAAUAUUACAGAUGGUUAUACCUCUAUGAAGUUCAUGGAAAUAAAAAGAAAACAAAAUCGGUAUAUUAA